CGUUGAUAUCGUCUUGAAAUCAGACGAUUGCGAAGAACCCAACUCCGCUAGAGCGCAGCUAUCGUCACAGCACCUUCAUUGAAGGCUGCACCAGCCGGGAAUCGAACCGGGGUCUGUACCUUAUAUUUUAGUGAAUAAGAUUUUUUUUUCUUUAACAACAAAUAUAAUAUUAAUUUAAAUUUAAAGAUGGAGUCGAGUUUGAAUUGUUGACUAUAGGUGUAUUUUACCUUAUAUUUUAGUGAAAAAGAUUUUUUUUUUCUUUCUUGAACUAAAAAGCCAGCUGUGAUCCAAUUUCAUAAAGAGAUAAGAUGCUAGAAGAGUAACCGAGACAAGAUCCUAAGCUAGUGUAGAGCUGAAGCAAAUAACAAAAAAUUUCCUGAUUUCCAAGCACAAGACUUAGAUAUCACAUCAAGCCUGAUCGAUUCAAACUCCAACUAUCUUUCACCAGAAUUCUGCUACUGCAUCUGCUCCAACUACACAAAAGAGUCGAGACCAGUGCUAAUUUGGUAGAUCUAACCGGUAAGUCUACCUGUCUUCUUCGUAUCUUUGGCUCAAAAAGUUAGCUACUUUGAUUUCCUUCUCUGGGUAUACACUCUGUGAAUUUGCUUGCUUUAUCUCUGCUAAAAAAGUGGCCGAAAUGCUUCAAGAAAUAAGUGAUCAUAAGAGUAAAGGAGCUUUUGAGAAAGUAGCGGAGGAUCCGCCUGCAGCUUCAGUGGUAGUAAGACCUGUAGAGCAGCCGGUUGGUCUAGAAUCCACAAUCCAAAAGGUAUGGAAUUGCAUCGGAGAAACAGAUGUGGGGAUCAUUGGCCUCUGGGGCAUGGGGGGCGUUGGCAAGACAACAUUCUUGACACAACUCAAGAACAUGUUCAGCACCCCACCGAAUGAUUUUAAAGUUGUUAUCUGGGCGUUGGUGUCUCAAUAUUACGAUGUUGGAAAGAUUCAAAAUAGGAUUGGUGAAAAUAUUGGUUUUCCUCGAUCCUGGGAGAAUAAAAGUGUUGAACAGAAAGCCAGAGAUAUCUAUGGGAUCUUGAGUAACAAGAGAUUUGUUGUAUUAUUGGAUGAUUUAUGGGAGAAGGUGGAUUUGAACGAAUUUGGGAUACCAGAACCAAGUCAAGAAAUUGGUUCCAAACUUAUUUUUACUACUCGAUCUUUGGACGUAUGUGGCUACAUGGGAGCUCAAAGGAUAUUCGAAGUGGGGUUCCUGGAACCGGAGAAGGCUUGGGAAUUGUUCCAAGACAAGGUUGGAGAUGAAGCUCUCAACAGCCAUCCAGAUAUUCCAAACCUAGCUAAACAAGUAGCUGAAAGGUGCGGUGGGGUGCCUCUUGCACUAAUUACAAUCGGUCGUGCCAUGGCUUGCAAGACAACACUUGGGGAAUGGAAUUAUGCAAUUGAGAUGCUGAAUCGACUUGCAUUGUCAAAUAUAAAAAAUGAGGUAUAUCCGCUUUCGCUUUUAAAAUUCAGUUACGAUAAUUUGCCUAAUGCCACAAUGAAAUAUUGCUUCCUAUAUUGUUGUCUGUAUCCUAAAGAUUAUUGUAUACCUAAAAAGAGAUUAGUGGAGUAUUGGUUUUGUGAAGGGCUAUUGAAUGAAUUUGAUAGAGUUAGUGACGCUCAAAUGCAAAGUGACGACAUUAUCAGCUCUCUUCUGAAUGCUUGUUUAUUGGAAAAUGGUGGUGAAAUACAUGGAGAAGAAUGUGUAAAGAUGCAUGAUAUGAUGCAUGACAUGGCUUUAUGGAUUACAAGCGAAUCCGAAGCAACAGAGAAUAAUUUUUUUGUAAAAGCAGGGGCUCAGUUAUGUAAAGAACCAAAUGUUGUGGCAUGGGAAAGUGUAAAAAGAAUGUCAAUGAUGGAAAAUAAGAUUGAAGAUCUCAAAGGAACACCCAAAUGCCCUAACCUUCGAACCUUGUUUCUUAGCCAGAAUGAGUUGCAAGUGAUCAGCGAUGGUUUCUUCCAAUUUAUGCCUCGUCUGACUGUUUUGGAUUUGUCAAGAAAUCUUCGAUUAUGAGCGCUACCUAAGGGAAUUUCACAAUUGGUUUGUCUAGAAUUUCUUGACCUAUCAUUUACUGGUAUAUCAGAGUUGCCAAUAGGGUUGAAAUUGUUGACAAAACUAAAAAUGUUGGACUUGAGUUACAUGCACAAUCUCAAAAAAAUCCCACAACAUUUGGUAUCUAGUUUUUCGCAGUUGCAAAUAUUUAGAAUGUGGUGGUCGGGAUGCGGAGGUUAUCCUAAUGAAGACAAUGUUUUGUACGGGAGUAAUGAAAAGCUUAUGGAGGAGUUGAACGGUUUGCAAUGUUUGAAUAUACUAACGAUACGUAAGAAAGCACGUUUCGUCUAGAAAUAUUCCUAAGCUUUAAUUUGUUUCGAUGUUAGACCCAAGUAUUAUAACUUUUGUGAUUUUAGAGAAUCGAAAACGUUUAAUGUUUUAUGCUUUGUGAUUUUGGGGUUUACCCAUUUAAGUGAGUACAAUGCUUGUAAUUAAAAUAAAUGAUUUAUGUAUAACCAUUAAUUUUAAAAAAUAA